AUGGUCGGGAUGAUGUGGUUCAAGCGGGAACCAAAGCCGCCGGCGGACAAGUCCGCGGAGAAUGGCGUUGUCGGCAAGCUAAGGAGGAAGAAGGCGGUGCUACUGAAGCCGACGAGGGAGUCCAGCGAGAGGGAGACGUCGACAGAGAGCGACAAGGAAAGGAGACGGUACUCCGACAUACUUGAUAUGAAAGUAUCUUUAGAGCGGCGUGAUGAAAGUGACGAGUCACUCUACGAGUCAGCUGAUUGUCACAGUGACACGAUAUCGGCCAGUGAUGACGCCCUGCCAAGAUUGAGCAAAACGCCAACGAUCAGCAAGGAGUCGCUCAAGCUGGCCGUCACCGACGAGGAGGUAGACCAAGCGAGGGGUAAAAGGGGACACCGAAAGACAAUGUCUCUAUCCAAUCCUCUAGAGAUGGUUAAGAGUUUAGGAGACGAGUGGUUCGACCACACGAGAAAAGAUAUAGACAAAAACUACGACAAGAGAAAAUCCAGGGAAUCGCUUUGGAGUGAAGAGGAUAGGGAUUCUAUUCAUGGAUCCACAAUGAAGCUAGACCAGACGAGGAAGAACAGCAAAAAAGACGAUAAGAGUAAUCCCACAAGCAGGAAGGGCAGCGCCACAGACAUCUCCAAAGCAAGGAAGGGAAGUAAGGGUUCAUCGGUCAGCGCUUUGAACUUUCUAAGAAGAAAGAAAACGCCUACAUCUUCAAAGUCUGUAGAGGCUGUUUUGGAAGUAGCUGACAGAAUUGCCACUACAGAGGAAAUUUUGAACUACACAAAGUUCUUUUUGGAAGAAGAAAAACGUCACUCGUCCCUGUGUGAAACCAAACCGCCCGUAGAGACUGACACGGACGACGAACCACCACCGCCGAAGUUGGUGGGAGAACAUAGAAGACGGUUGAGUAGACAAACUUCCAGGAGCAAAAGCAAGGUUAGGGGGAAGAGUCAGUCUUUGAAAGUGAACACGCUGAGAAAAUCCCACAGUGGCACUCUGAAGAAAGGAAAGAAGAAGAGUGUUAAGACUCCAUCGAGCGGUAGGAGUCGACAGGCGAGCAUCGUGGACACUCCGCCCAAUCCGAAGAAGAGCAAUGCUGACACCAGUAAGCAGCAUUCCUGGCUUUUCAGCGCAUCUACGUACAGAGGGGAGUCGAGACGUGAGGGUUCCACGGAGGAGCCGAGCGCCCCGGAGGCUGACUUGGACUCUGCUGACACCACAGCCAAGGAGCAAUCUGAUAAGGAGCACAACUGGCGCGCCGGCGGCGGGGGGCGGGCGGUGAACAGGGCCGAGAGCUGCCGCGAGAGGGACGCCCCGCGGCGGGGCAAGCACCGCAACGCCUCGGACCCCAACCGGCUGACAGCACAUCACAACCAUGAUUUGGAACCCGGCGCGGCAACGGCGCCGUCUGGUAGCUCGAGCAGUUCCAGCUUAUCUUCUAGAAGCAACGAGAGUAAUACCGUCGCAACUGAACAGCAAGCCUCCCAAUCAGACUGGUCCGAGGAGGACGAGCCGCUGGCGGCGCAGUGGGCCGACAACCUGCCGCCCCAGGUUCUGGACUCGUUGCUGCUGUCCGCCAGGCUGAGGAAGCGCCAGGAAGUUAUACACGAGCUCAUAGUGUCGGAGGGGUCCCACGUGCGCUGGCUGAAGGUGCUGGACGGCGUCUUCUACCGGCCCCUGCUGAACCAGCCCUCGCUGCUGCCCAGCGAGGACUUGAGAGCUCUGUUCCCCAACCUGCCCGGCGUGAGGGAGAGGCACGCCAAACUGUACGCGGAGCUGAGGACCGCCAGAAACGAGGCGCCCAACCACAUCGUCCAGAUACGACCCGUAGCCGAGGCAUUGCUGAAUACGCUGGGCGAUUCGGGCUACGCAAGCUGCCUGUCUCGCUUCUGCCGCGGCCAGCGCAUGGCCCUGGACGCGCUGAGGGAGCGCCGCCGCAAGCACAAGGAGCUGCACCAGUUCCUCUCCAGCAGGGAGCAGCUGCCGCUCUGCGGCCGGCUGCAGCUGAGGGACCUCCUGGCGUGCGUGUGGCAGAGGUUGACCAAGUACCAGCUGCUGCUCGAGGGCAUCCUGAAGACGGUGAGCGAAUCGGAGGGCGACAGCGCGGAGGACACGGCCGCCGUGAGGCGCGCCCUGACGGUGGCCAAGGAGGUGCUGCACGGCGUCGACACGGCCAUCCGCACCGCGGAGAACGAGCACAGGCUGCGCAGCAUCCAGAGCAAGCUGGAGGUGCGCGCGGCGGGGCCCGAGUGGGAGGAGCUGCGCAGGCUCGACCUGACCGCGCGCUCGCUGCGGCUCGAGGGCGAGCUGGGCCUGCGCCACGACUCCACCAAGCGGGUGGCCGUGCUGGCCCUGAUGCUGGAGGACUGCCUGGUACUGCUGCAGCGCGAAGGUGAUAAGUUCGUCCUGAAGCCGAUCAACCAGCCCAGCCAGCAAGGACAACUCUCGCCGCUCAUCAAAUGGGACAAGGUGCUGUUCAGGCCGAACGCUGCCGUCCGCAACACCUUCUUCCUGAUGAACAUCAACGGGGUCCAGAUGCACGAGCUCUCAGCCAACACUCCUAAUGAGUACACCACGUGGGUGAAGCACAUCCAGCAGGCGCCGCUGGCGCCGCUGGCCACGCUCGCCGACCUGCGCCCCGCCGCGGCCCACGCCCACGCCCAGGCCCACGCCCACGCCCACCCCGCCCACGCCCACGCGCAUCCCACGCACCACGCACGCUCCAACGACGACUCCGGCAUAAACGUGUCCCGCAACCCGUCGGACGCGUCCGAGAAGUCCUCCUCCACCGCGCCCGAGGACGAGCGCGAGAACGAGCGAGAGCGAGAACAAGAGCGAGAGCAAGAGCGAGAGCACGAGCAUGCCGAGCAGUCCGCCGAGCAGUCCGCCGAGCAGUCCGCCGAGCGGUCGGCCGACGGCGAGCGCGACGCCGACGAGAGGGACGACGAGAAACGCGAGGAGAUCGCCAGGGAUGCGGAUUCAGAUGAUUCCAAUAGGCAGCGGCGCGCCGCGGUGGGCCGCAUCAGCACGCACGGCGGCGACGCCGCGGAGGGCGCGCUCUGCGGCCGCGACGCGCUGGCCGUGCACGCGCCGCCCGCGCCGCUGCUGCUCGCCACCACCGUGCUCACGCCCCACGAGCGGCUGCGGCGGCUGGACGCGCUGAUCGUGCGCGCGCUGCGGGCCAAGAGCGCGGCCGUGGGCGCGCUGCUCGGCGUGCCGCCCGCCUGCCACGCGCAGCUGGCAGAUAUGGCAGUGGCAGACACGCUCGGACAAGUCGACAUGUCGGGCAUCGAACCGACCGAGCCCGAUUCCGACGCCGACAUCCACCAGCUGCUUCUCGCUGCGCACACGCAGGCGAACCAGCUGACGGCGAUGGUGUCCCUGGCGCUGACGCUGGAGCCCAGCAGCAGCAUGGCCGCGAGGGCGGGCACCUGCGACGGCUGCCGGCGCCACCACGAUCCGGCGGACGCUUCCCAAGAGGCGUCGGAGCUGUCCGAGUUGGAGGGGUGUCUGCGCGACUCCGAGGAGCUGCUGGACGGCUCCACGGACGACGCCUCCUACGACAUGCUGUCCGAUUUAGCCGCCCGUGACUGCGUAGAACCGCCCUUCGGCGGCGGCGGGAGCGGAGCGGGCGCGGCGCUGCUGGCGCGGCGGCUGGCGGCGCCGGCGGCGGGCCUGGGCGCCACGCUGGCGCGCCUCGCGGCCGCGUUGCCGCACCGGCUGCGGCCGGCCGACGCCAGCCGCGCGCUCCUCGCGCAGCGCAGGGACCGCGCCGACGCGGAGCGGCACCGCCGCGCACGCGAUUACCAAAUGACGGAGGAGAUCUCGUUCCCCACGGGCUUGGACCAAUCGAUACAGGACCAACCGAGCAACGGGGGG